AUGUCUUUCUACGCCGGAGAAGAAGAAGUUUACAAGUGUUCAAAACACCCAUCUAAACGCCGUCGAAUCGGCGGCGGCAUCUGUCCAACUUGUCUCCGUGACCGUCUAAUCGUUCUCUGUCCAAAUUGUCAUGACGUCCGUCCCUGUUCUUGCAACGUCAUCGCUUCAACAUCUUAUUCCUCCCCUUUCUCUCUCUUCCCUUCCUCCGGCCGAGGCGGCUCCGCCAGAUCUUCCAAUGCCGGCGCUUUUUCCGGCGACCCAAAUCUUAAGAUGGAAACUGAACCUUCUUUUACUCGAUCGAGAUCUCUCGCAAUUCCUAUUAUCAGGACGAAAAUCGCUGUUAGCGAUUCUUGCGGUGGAACGCCGGCGAAGAGUAAGGCGGCGUUAUGGUGGGCUUUUAUUAAACAGAAUCGUAGGAAAACAGAAGAUGAUUGUGAUGAUCAGAGUUUGAUGAUGAUAAGAAGAUCGCAAUCGUCUAGAAGUCCCGGAGGCGGCGGCGGAGAUGAGAAAUCGUCGCCGAGGAAAAACAGGGGAUGGAAGUUUUCCGGCGGGAUUAAUAUGUUCGGCGGCCGGCAAUCGAAAACUUCGAAAGUUGUUCAGGAAGGGCGGCCGUUGCACUAG